CAUCAUCAUCAUCUUCUUCACAGGCUUCUUUCGCUUCAACUUGCCGUUUUUUCUUUUCUCCGGUGGCUGGCCCCGAGAUUCAUUCUCCGAUACCAUUAUUUAGAAACUUUUGAUCAAGUUUCGCGACCGCUCGCUGGAUAUAUCCCAUUCACCCACUCAGGGCACAAGCCACAAACAAAACAAAACAAACAGUAACCCAAUCAUUCAAAAUGAAGUUCCAAGCUAGCCUCAUCCUGGCCCUCCAGGUCUUGUCCGUCACGGCUCUCCCCCAUCCCAAGAGGGAAGCCGUGGAAGCUGCUGCUUCCUCCACUGCCGUGGCAUCUGCAACUGCUUCCGGUGUUGCCUCGGCUACUGCCACCACCGCGGCUCAAGCCACUGCUAACGCCGGUGCCGGCACCGGAGAUAAAGAAGGUGAAGAGGAGGACGAGAACGAAGUCGAGCAAGCCGGCAAGUUCAACACCGUCAUCACUCUUGGUGGUGGUGACGUCAAAACCGACACUCAAUUCCCCGCCGGCACCGUCGGCGCCUUCGAAGUAGAGUUCAAAAACCCCGACGCCCGCCAACUCCGCGUAACAGAGAACAAGACCCCCGCCGCCGCUCCUCCCGGCUUCAAAGCCCUUGAACCCGUCUCCUACAAGGUCGAAAUUGGCGGUGGUGCCUCCAAGGGCCUUACUCUCUCCAAAAUCGAUUACAUCCGCAACGCCAACUCCACCGUCGACAUCAGCCAGGCAAAGCUGGGCAAGCUCUGCAAGGAGACCAACAGCUUCGUGAUUGGCGAUGGUGUGGGUGAGACCGAGUUUGAGGCGGAUGAGAAUGAGGUGGCAACCAAGGUGCCGGAUUUGGUUGGCGAGUAUGCGCUUUUCGUGCCCGAUGGAACCGCCGCUGCUACGCCUGCCGCCCCGGCGGGUGAUAACAAGGAUGUCGCAACGCCGGCUGCCUCGGCCGCUCCGGCUGCGGGAGCCGGUGAUGCGGCUGGUGGUGUGACUGGAGGUGGUGUUGCUGCGGGUUGCGGUCCUGGAACUAUUUGCAGGACGCUGGUUGAUGGCUUGCUUUCGUUGAUUGAGGGUGCUGCUGCCGGUGCUCAGACUGGCAAGGCCUAAGGGAUAGCACGAGGUGACUGGGGUCUGAGUUUUUAGGACUCAUUUAUGGGAAUGACUGUACGUUCAUGGCUGUGUUUGUGGGUUAUUAACUGGAGCUAGAGGUAGUGCGAUGGCCGUUUUAAG